AUGAAACUCAGAAACCAAUCAGCUGUGUCAGAAUUCCUCCUCAUGGAGGUGACAAAGGAUCGAGAACUGCAGCCCGUCCUCUUCAUCCUGUUCCUGGGCAUGUACCUGGUCACUGUCCUGGGAAACCUUCUCAUCAUCCUGGCCAUCAUCUCUGACUGCCACCUCCACACCCCCAUGUACUUCUUUCUGUCCAGUCUGUCUUGCACUGACAUUUGUUUAAGCACAACCACGAUUUCAAAGAUGCUGGCAAGCAUCCAGACACAGAGUCGGAGCAUCCCUUACACAGGCUGCCUCACCCAGAUGGGCUUUGUCCUGGUCUUUGCAAGUUGGGAAAGUUUUCUUCUUGGCAUAAUGGCCUAUGACCGCUAUGUGGCCAUCUGUCACCCUCUGAGAUACACAGUCAUCAUGAGCCCUGCCCUCUGUGGCCUGCUGCUCUCACUCUCCCUGUCCAUUUGCACAGCAGAUGCCCUGCUCCACACUCUGAUGGUGCUGAAGCUAUCCUUCUGCACAGACUUCAAAAUCCCUCUUUUCUUCUGUGAAGUUGUUCAGGUAAUCAAGCUGGCGUGCUCUGACACCUUCAUCAAUGACUUUCUGAUAUAUUUUGCAACUUGCACCUUAGGUGGUAUUCCUCUGUCUGGAAUCCUUUUUUCUUAUGCUCAGAUAGCCUCCUCUGUUUUGACAAUGCCAUCAUUGGGCAGAAAGUAUAAAGCCUUUUCCACCUGUGGGUCUCACCUCUUAGUUGUUUCCCUGUUCUACGGGACAGGUUUGGGGGUGUACAUCAGUUCUGCAGUUUCUGACUCUUCAAGGAGGAUUGCAGUGGCUUCGGUGAUGUACACAGUGGUCACUCCCGUAUUGAACCCCUUCAUCUACAGCCUGAGGAACAGGGACAUGAAGAGAGCCCUGAGUGAACUCAUUGGUAGGGUACCUUCUCUUCUGCAAUUGUAUUUUCUGCUUUGGAUUGGAGUUUAA